AUGAGUACUCAUGUGCUGCAACAAACUAAUUCCAAAUGUGUAGCACCUAAUAAAUCACCAUUAGCAUCACCAAAGAAAUUUGGGCCAAGAAUUAGUAGCAAGGCAAUUCCAUUCAUGUACCGGAAAAAAGAUGGCGAUGAUGAUCAAGACACUGAGGCACCCGAAAUUGGAACUAAAGUGGAAACUGGAGGAUUUGGAGAAGGUGGGCUGUGGCAAAAAUCAAUCUUGAUGGGAGAGAGGUGUCAGCCACCGGAAUUUUCAGGUGUGAUAUUCUAUGACGGUCAUGGGAAUCAACAGUCUCAGAUGCCAAGGUCACCUAGGGCCAGUCCCUUGCCAAGUUUUUCAUUUCCAGCUGUCAAAGAUGCCAAUUAA